AUGGCUCUUCCUUUUCCCUACAUUUUCAUCUCAUGCCCCUGCUCAGAUGUAUCGAACAGAGAAUUGACAUCUAAACGCUCAUCGAGAGAUGUCGAACUUGACCAGGAGAUCCAAGAUGACGAGGAGACUUUUGACCCUCGACACCCCCGUUCGGCCUUCUCCCUCUUCCCCCCUGAGCAUUUGUUGUACUGCGAAGAGUGCCAUGAGAUCAAAUGCCCCCGGUGUGUAACUGAGGAGAUCAAUGCCACAUACUGUCCAGACUGCCUCUUUGAAAGUCCUAAGGUGAUGGUAAGGGGUGAAGGAAACAGGUGUCCGAGGAACUGUUUUCACUGCCCUAUAUGUACGUCUCAGAUGAUCACCGCCUCAGUGGGUGACCCGAAGAACGGCCCUUUCAUCUUGAACUGCAAUUACUGCAUGUGGAGCACAUUGGAUGUGGGCAUCAAAUUCGACAAGCCCACCGGCAUCCGCGGGCAGCUGGAUGAGAUAGCAAAUGGAGGCGAGCAGAAGGCCGCGACAGUGCAUUCGCCAUAUUCUUAUCAAGCCGACUAUGCCCGCAAGUCUUCUCUUUCUCGGCCUCCUCUGUCACCGGCUGAUCGGGAUGAGAUUGCGGACCCGAAGGAAGACUCGGUAUCAGCCACUCCAUUAGACCCGACAGCCAGAUUCAAUGCCUUGAAAACAUUCUACAAGGAGCAAAUCACAGAAUCCUCUGCCACGGACGCCACUUUCUCGACAUCAGCCCUUGACAUGGCCUAUUCAUCACCUUCGUCCCUGCAACGGAUCAUGAACCUAUACACAAACAAAGAAGGCGCUACAAUAAGGGCCCGGCAGAAACUCACUGUAAUGCGAGAGGCACGGUCAGCCAGCGAGGGAUUUGCGUUGGCCGCAUCGAGAGAUUCUGGUGUCGAGUCCCAGUCGCCGAGAAUUGACUACGAUGAAACAGUCACGGCAUCGCAGCGAGCUUUCCAAUACCCUUCUUUCAUCGGGAACCCAGCUGCCCUCAAAGUGUCUGAACUGCGACCCAUGCCGACGUUGAUGCGGACCAAACGAUCCAAACGCUGCGCUACCUGCAAGCACAUCCUCGCCCGGCCUGAGCUCAAGAUCAGCUCGGCACGCUACCGCAUCAAAUUAAUUGCGCUGAACUACGUCCCCUUUGUGACAAUAAAACCGCUUCCCAUCGCGGGUGGACUUCCACCUCCAGGUCCUGAUGGAGGUGAUGUGAUCCUGACCCCUGGCAAGCCAGUGCAGUUCAUCAUGACGCUCCGUAACCCACUAUUCGACGAUGUCAGUGUCAGCCUUGGCACUCCCAGCGUGACGCCCGGCCGCCACGGUCACCGAGUAACUAUACUCUGCCCACAGUUCCGGUUGGGGAAAAACAGCGAUGCCUGGGAUGACGCUCUCAGCAACAACAACCAGCCGGACCGGGGCACGGGGAAUAUCGCUGGAGGAGAGCAGGUCGCUGGCAAACUUUACGAUCAGGGCAGGAACUGGGCCAGCGUCGUCCUUGAGAUUAUCCCCGCCAGUAUCGUCCGGCAGCAGAGCGAGGAGUUGGACGAGGAUGAGGACGUGAUCGAGAUACCUAUUCGUGUGAGGCUUGAAUGGACGGUCACGGACGACGAGGCGGGUAUGGAACGACGCAAAAGAGACACUAGACUGGAUGAGGGCGACGAUAUCGACGAUGGAAAGAGGGAGUUGAAUUACUGGAUGGUCGUUGGCAUUGGGAGAGUCGCUUGCUGA